UGAAAGGAGGAACACGCAGCGGUUCCGGCGGCUGGGCAGUGUCGAUAGAAUUGCUCAGUAACGUCUGUAUUUCAGUAACGUUUAAAGUAACGUGUCUAGUUUGGGUUUCUGUUAUGGGUGAACAGGGUGUUCUAAUUAUUGUAAUAAAUUAACCAGUGGCUGUAUGUUAAAACAAACUCUUACUUUUGGUCAGCUUGCUAAUGCUAGUCAGUCAAUUGAAAAAGCGAUAGCGGAAGUAGCUCUAUCAGAAAGUCCAACGUUGCGAAGAGCUUUGAGGGCAUUUGCAGCUGCAAAGUGGUAUCGACUUGAAGGUAUUCUGGUGAUACAAGCCACAGAACCCAGAACCACGUACUCAAGGGAUUUGGUCUGAAGUAAAGCAAAAUUUUACUUAUUUGUGGCAGUUAAAAGGGAUGGACAGUCUUGAAGAAAAAGCUACUGAAAGGAUUCUACUAGAACCAUACAAUUACCUGCUGCAGCUACCAGGGAAACAAAUCCGAACUAAACUGUCUCAAGCUUUCAACCACUGGCUUAGUGUACCUGAGGAUAAACUUCAGGUAAUCAUUGAGGUAACAGAAAUGCUGCACAAUGCCAGUCUCCUGAUAGAUGACAUUGAGGACAGCUCUAAGUUGCGGCGUGGUUUUCCUGUAGCUCACAGCAUCUAUGGCGUCCCAUCCGUUAUAAACUCUGCUAACUAUGUCUACUUCCUGGGCCUAGAGAAAGUGCUGACACUGGAACACCCUGAAGCCGUGCAUGUAUUCACUCGCCAGCUGCUGGAGCUGCACCGUGGACAGGGCCUGGACAUCCACUGGCGUGACACAUACACUUGCCCAAGUGAAGCAGAAUACUGUGGCAUGGUACUGCGCAAGACUGGUGGUUUGUUUGGGCUGGCAGUGGGCCUCAUGCAGCUCUUCUCAAAAUGGAGCUGUGACCUCAAGCCCUUACUAGACACGCUCGGACUCUUGUUCCAGAUACGUGAUGACUAUGCCAACCUCUGCUCACGUGAGUAUGGCGCAAACAAGAGCUUUUGUGAAGACCUGACUGAGGGCAAAUUCUCCUUUCCCACUAUCCAUGCCAUCCAUACACAGAUCCAUAGCACACAGGUGCAGAACAUCCUACGCCAGCGCACUGAGGAUGAAGAUGUCAAGCGUUACUGUGUUGAUUAUUUGGAGAAAGUGGGCUCCUUUGCUUACACCAGGCAGAAGCUACAGGAGCUAGAGAAGGAAGCAUACAGGCUGAUUGCAGAACUAGGAGGUAAUCCAGAACUGGAAGGACUUAUAGAACAUCUCAGCCACAUUUACAAAGAAUGAAAAGAAGCAGAUUCUUCUAAUCAGUGUUUAGAUAGAAACUGAUCAAAGAACAGAACCUUGUCACUCCUGAAGUUCUCAUCUCUCACUGAACUUAUCCCUCUUAAUAUUUUUCUAUUACUCUAUUUUUAUUUUGACAACAGUGACAAUAAAUGUCUUUUAAUAAUG